AUGUCAUCUUUGUAUGCACCAACCAAUGAGGACGUUAAACAGAGGUUAAGGCCAUUUGGUAUUUUCUUCGAGAAAUCCUUGAAGGAUUUGAUCAAGGGUAUACGUGCCAAUAAUGAAACACCAGAGAAGCUGAACCAUUUUCUAGCCCAAGCCCUUAGUGAAUGUCGUGAAGAGGCUAAUUCUCCUGAUUUUAAUCUAAAGACCAAUGCUGUUUUAAAACUGACAUAUUUAGAGAUGUAUGGUUUCGAUAUGUCAUGGGCAAAUUUCCACAUCUUAGAAGUCAUGAGCAGCUCUAAAUUGCAGCAGAAACGUGUAGGAUAUUUGGCGGCAUCACAAUCGUUUUACAAGGAUCCUGAUAUUUUAAUGUUAGCAACGAAUUUAAUGAAAAAAGAUCUCAAAUACACAGGUACAGACGACGUGGUUAAAGUGGGCAUUGCAUUAAGUGGAUUAUCUACAAUUAUAACACCUCCUUUAGCAGCUGACAUCUGUGAUGACCUUUUCACCAUGUUAAACAGUUCGAGGCCAUACAUUCGUAAAAAAGCCAUUACCGCCCUGUUUAAAGUAUUUUUACAGUUCCCAGAGGCGCUAAGGGAUAAUUUCGACAAGUUUGCCGCAAAGUUGGAGGACGAUGACACUUCCGUUGUUUCAGCUGCAGUCAGUGUCAUCUGUGAGCUUUCUAAAAAAAAUCCCCAACCUUUUAUUCAACUUUCUCCACUAUUGUAUGAAAUUUUAGUGACAAUAUCAAAUAACUGGAUUAUUAUUAGACUGUUGAAAUUAUUCACCAACCUUUCAAAAGUAGAACCUAAGUUGAGACCAAGACUUUUACCCAAGAUUCUAGAACUAAUGGAUUCUACGACGGCGACUUCUGUACUUUACGAAUCGAUUAACUGUAUUGUCAAAGGACACAUGUUAGAAGAAGACGAUUAUGAUGUGGCAAUGCAAUGUUUGGAUCGAUUACAUACAUUUUGUGAUUCAUCCGAUCCAAAUUUAAGGUACAUUAGUUGUGUUCUCUUUUACAAAAUUGGUAAAAUUAACACUGCAUUCAUAUCUCAAUUUGAUAAAUUAGUCAUGCGUCUUCUUAACGAUGUGGAUGUUUCAAUUAGAUCAAAGGCGAUUGAGCUUAUAGAGGGUAUUGUGGACGAGGACAAUUUACAAAAUAUUGUAUUAGUACUAUUGAAACAAUUUGUUGAUCAAGAUGUCGUACUAUUGCAGGUAGGUGGAUUCGAAACCACCAGAGAAAUUCCCAUUUUCAUUCCAGAACAGUACAAGAUAAAAAUGGUUAAUGCAGUAAUACACAUUUGCUCUAUGGACAAUUUUGCCAACCUCAAUGAUUUCGAAUGGUACAACGCUGUUCUAUGGGAUUUGGCAAUUCUAUCCCAAGAUCUCAGUGAUAAAUCCUUGGGGUACAGAGUAGGUGAACAACUCCGAAACAUAAUGAUCAAAGUCCCUAGUAUGAGAGAAAUUACAAUGACAACAAUAAUAAAAGUGUUGUACAACGAAGAGAUUAAUAACCAUUUACCCAGUAUUCUGAAGGAUUGCUUCUGGUCUCUCGGUGAAUUUUCAUCGUUUAUUGAAAACGGCGAUGAUCUGAUCAAUCUUGUUUUUCAGAGGAGGAAAUACUACCCUGCAGACGUGGAGAUAAUCCUGAUUCCUUCCCUUUUAAAGAUUUUCAGCAAUUGGUGUAAUAGGUCCACGGAUAUUGAUCCAGAAAGGGUGAAAUCUGUUUUGUCAGAUCUGCUUUCACAUUUUGAGCCUCUCUGCUACUCUAAGGCCUUUGAAGUUCAAGAACGAGCGGUGCAAUGUAUGGAAUUUUUGAAACUUGCUUCUGAAGCAAUGGAACAGGAUACAGAAGGACUACCACUAUUGUUGACUGAUAUCUUGCCUAGCUUUUUCAACAGCUACGAGUUAAAACCAAUCUCUCAAGGCACUCAGCAGAAACUUCAGUCCUGCAUUUCAGUAGAUUGUGAGACUCCAUUUUUAACAGAAGAAGAACUACAAGCUGUUUUAAAUCAAGAAGAAAAUGAAAAUGAUGAAGGUCUAUUUUCCGAGGACUUAUUAUUGAUUGAUGACAGCAGUAGUGCCAGUUACCAAAACCAAGAUUACGAUGUACCCGACGAAUCGAAGGCUAAUAGUGAGGAACCAAAUGUGUUGGAUAAUGAAGAAUUAGAAUCACGCAAAAGAGCGGAAAGAGAAUCUAAUCCGUUCUAUCUAUCUCAAAAUAAUGAUCGUACAAGUAAAGCAAGUACCCAGUUGUUAGAUUUCUCCCACAGAGAAGCGGAUGAACCAGAGGCUCAUUUAAUUAGAUUGAAUAAAAAUACCAAUGGAACUGAAGAUGAAACUGAGAGGAAAAGAAAGAGUAAAAAGAAGCAUAAGAAGAGAGUACAUGUGCUUUCGGAUGAGGUUGUAGUGGAAAAUAAACCCCAAUCACCAACACUUAGUAUACAAUCUUUACCUACAAAUGCAUCAUCUUCCAGAGGCAAGAUUAGUCUAAGAAUGCCCACAAAAUUGGAGAAGUUUGAUUUCUCGAAACCCUUAGUUUCGCCGUCGCAUGAUGGAACCUCAGAUGCAAGGCGUCAAAGUACCUCUGGGGAACAAGACGAGUUGGAGAGAUUAAGAAGAAAAUUCGAAACUCAACAGUUAGAAGCCAAUGAAACUUUAGAAAAUGGCGAGAAUGAUGAGGAAACGAUAAUUAUCAAGAAGAAAAAGUCGAGCAAGAAAAAAAAGAAGCAUUCAUCAAGCAAAAAAUCAAAAAAGAAGGACAGCGUUGAUGAAACUCCUAAGGUUUCUAACGACACCGUCAUAUAG